UUUUUGAAAAUAGUUACAAGAUGUUCAUCGAAGUGAGUGGAACGCCGCAGCGGUUAAACGUGGACUCUUGAGCAGACGAAGAAGCUCGCUUCCGAAAUCGCUAAACAACUGAAGCACAAUCGCGUUCUUUGAGUGGAAACGCCAGCACAAAUAAGAAACAGCCCCAAUCAAAGUCAAAUCAAAACAACACUAUUCAUCUCUGCGACUGGAAAUCAAUAUUCCAAUUCUUCAAGCCAAAUAAAUAGAAAACAAAAUCCCAGUGAAACAAGAAGUGCAUUCGAUUUUCCUGCUCGUGGAGCUAUUGUUAUUUUUAAAUCGCUGACCGCAGAAUAUUUCUACUGCUUAAAAUAGAAGGCAACACACAAAAAAGUGAUGCCGCCGAAACAGAAAUAAACCGAAAACCAAAAGGGUAGAAACUCGAAAGUGCCAAAAAAAAAAAAACAAAUUAAGCAAGAAUUUCACUUCGAAAAAGUGCGUGUUCUAAAAAUAUAGCAACAAAUACAAAACCGCAACACCGAAGAAGCAAAUGGGAUUAUUUUGCUGCCCAUCUCAACACAAAACUGCAUUUUGUUGAAUUGUAUAUUCAAUCUGGAAAAGCAAAGUGUCAAAGUGUAGUGCAAAAAUAUUUAUAAAUCUCUGCCAAAACAUAAACAACCGACGAAACGAGAGAAGAGAAUUCUACUCGCAUUUCGUGCAUUUUAUACAGAUUUUCGUUUUUUUGGAAUACAAAAUAAACAGAAGUACAAGAGGCGGAAUCCAUUAGUUCCGCAUUAAAGUGUUAAAAUAAAUUAAGUCGUGGAUACUCCGUAAACUUUGCAUUUUGGAAUACUUCAGCAGCAUUUUGGAUAUCCGUGCUAGUGAAUUUUAUAUAUAAAUACAUAUUAUUCGUUGCCGAUCGAUCUGGAGGGCAUAAGGAAAUAAUUUCACAAAAGUUGACAUGUUCAAAGGCGAGGAACACUCCUUUAUACAUAUCGCUAACCACUAGCCAGUCUUGAGGGAGUUGCCAGGACAGAAGACCAUCAGACCGGGAGCAACAUGGACCUGCCCUCAAUGGUGCAGCGUUCAGGAGACACGCUCAUCGUGCGCAGCGUGGUCAGCGGCAAUCAGCUGUAUACGGAGCAGGGUGUUCAUCAACCCACCAGCGGGAACACGGGACACAUGACGAGCAACUCGACCAGCAAUACGCCAGCCGCACAGGCGGGCUCAUCCCUACUGGAGCGACAUGUGGAGCGCUUCCGGCUGCAGCAGUUGCUGCAACAACAGCGCCAAGCGGCAGCUGCAGUUGCCGUCGUGAACAGCGUGCAGCAGCAGCAGCAACAGCAGCCACAGCAGGUCGCCAUUGGCAUGGAUGCCAAGGAGGAAGGCUUGCCGCAGUGCAAGAUCAAGCGGAACUAUAGCUGCAACCACUGUGCGUACUUCACACAGAAUCCGCGCUACCACCUGACCCACUUGCGCGACGUGCACGGCGAGAAGAUAGUGAUCAACAAGUGCAAGCUGUGCCUGUACGCCUCACGACAUUUCCAGAAGCUGGUGCGGCACAUGAAGAUGGUGCACGGCUGCACGGACGGCAUUCCCAGUGGUCAUGGUCAGGCCAGAGGCAAGAGGGGCAUGAGCCGGGAGGCACGCAAGCGGCGACUGGAGGAGAGCGUGGGUGUGAUGGGUGGCCAAUCCCUGACAGUCACCGUACCGGAUGUGCCCACACUGGAGCAAGUGAAGCGGGAGCUGCUCCUGCAGGAGGAGAAGCUGCAGCGGGACAUUCAGGCCUUCAACCAGCGACAGCGCGAGGAGCAGCAGCGCGAACAGCAGCGGGAACUGGAACUGGUGGCCACCAGUGCGUAUGAGCGACAAAUGCAAGUCCUUCGCGACUACGAGCGUCAGUCGCCCGCCGAGCCACCAACUCCUUCGCCCACCAGUGGCUCGGCAACGCCACCCUCCAACGGGGAGGAGCCCCAGAACCGGCUGCUCAAGUGCAGCGCCUGCGAGUUCACCACCCUCUAUCGAACCCAACUGCGAGCCCACGAGCUGGCCGAGCACGGCAAGACCAAGUUUUUCCGCUGCGACAAGUGCAGCUAUGUGACCCACAUCAAGGCGCGCUUCAGCAAGCACGUCAAGUACCACUCCAUGCCGAUGAUCAAGUGCGUCACCUGCGACUUCCGCACGCCCUACAAAUGGAAUCUGGACAGGCACAUGAAGAAUCACGGCGGGGCGGGAGCCUUUAAAUGCGCCGCCUGCGACUUUACCGCCGACAUCAAGCAAUCGCUGACGGUCCACGAGAUGAACCACCAUGUGCCGCCGGUGGGCAAUGCUGGCUCCAUUUGGCCAAGACGCCAGAAUAAAGUCGGAGCGAGCGAGAUGUGCGAGGAUUUCCUCAGCGAUUCAGCCGAGCUGGAGGAUCAAUAUAACAACAACAAUGUCGAUGACGAACUGGACGGCGUCGAGGAUGCCGACGACGCAAUGAGCGGAGGGGAGGAGCAGCCGAUGCACCUCCAUCACUACGGCAAACGGAGCAAGUUCGACGAUGAGGAGGAGCCCACAGAUCUCUCGCAGAAGGGCGGAUGCUCCUCGGACACCUCCAGUGUGGGCACGCCCACGCCGAGGGCACAGCGAACCAUGCCCAAUCUCAUACCGAUCAGCAAGGGGGCCAAAGACGUAUUAAACCUUUCGAAGGAGACGAAUGCCUCGCGCAGUUCCCUAACGGAGAUUGCCUCCAUGUUCUUCAAUGAGAAACAGAUCUCGGAGAUGCUUGACAAGUCGGAUGUGCCACAAUUGUCGCCGGCAACGACGGUGGCCUCUCAGAACUCGACGCGCAGCCAAAUGACCAAGAAGUCCAGCUUCAUGGACAAACUGAAGACGGGGGCGCAGCACGAGAAUCUGGUAUGCCAGUGCGGUCAUGUGGCCAAGUGCCUUUCGGAGUCGAUCAUCCACGGCAAGAGCUGUCACGCCUCGGCGGUGAUCAUCGACGAGGAUGAUGCUGGACUGCACGAGGACGAUGCCGACGAUCGGCUGGAGAUCGAUGAGGACGACGAGGAUCAUCACUCCCAUUCGGCACUGAAUCUCAGUGUGACGGGAUCGACUCGUUGCCAGCACUGCCGGCACCGCUGCAAGUCCUCCACGGAUCUGAUGCACCAUCUGAAGCAGUGCGUCGAGGCGAUCCGUUGCGCUAACGAGAUGUACGACUCGAAUUCCGGCGAGAGUGGCGGUCGGCGCCCGGACUCGCAGAGCCUCCAGCAGCAGGCGGCCGUCCAGCAGCAGCGGGUGUGCAUCUGGAACAAGGCCACCAAGGAGAUUGUUGCCGCAGCCGCCGCAUCCAUGCAGCAGGAGAAGAACAAUCACAACCUGGUCAAGUCCCCAACCGGAAGUCAGGCGGCCAGCAACGAGGAAAACAGCUACUACGGCGUAGAAACGGCACCCGGAUACGGCGAGGUAACCAAAAAGAUGACACCGGAGGAAGAGGCAGCCAACUCCUCGCUGAAGAAGGUGUACAAGUGUCCGCACUGCAGCUUCUGGGCCUCCACGGCGUCCCGCUUCCACGUCCACAUCGUGGGCCAUCUGAACAAGAAGCCCUUUGAGUGCUCCCUCUGCUCGUACCGCUCCAACUGGCGCUGGGACAUCACCAAGCACAUCCGAUUGAAGACGAUCCGCGAUCCCUCGCACAAGACGGCCAAGGUUCUGAUGAACGACGAGACGGGCCGUAGGAACUACACCAAGUACAACAAAUACAUUACCCUGAUGAAGGUAACCGAGGAGGAUGGUGAUCCCAAACUGAUGAAGUCCGGCGAGAUGACGCCGAACCAGGUGGCCUCGUUGGCCUUCCUCAAGGACUAUGCCAAGGUCGGCUCGGUUUCCGGGCAGGAUAUCACAUUGGAACCAGUGCUUCCCAACAAACCCAAUGUACUGGACGAUGCCCAUUUGGCGGACAACCUAAUACGGAUUCCCUUGCUGGCCACCAUGAUGAAUGCCGCCAUGGCGCAACAGCAACACCAGCAGCAGCAGCAGAAGGAGCACCAGUCCACGAUGAUCACGCCCUCUGUGACCAUUUCCCCGGUGAAGCGAUCCAAUCAGGCAUCCGUGAUGCAGGGCAAGCCCAGCGACGACCUGAUCACCGAGGUGCACCAGGAGGGCAAUGAGAAGAGGACCGUCUAUCGGUGCCGCAAGUGUAACUUCGGGCACCAGAAUCGCGAUGCUGUGCUGGCGCACGUGAAGAUUCACUACCAGGACGCCAGCUACCCGAAGUCCAACUCUGGGAACUCCAGCACAUCGCCACUGCAGGUAUCCGUGGGCGGUAGUCCACAAUUCUACAUGAACAAGGUCUUUGCGGCCAUGUGCCUGUCGCAGACGCAGUCACAGUCGUCGCCCAACUCCGGCUCAGCCGGAACGAGUCCGGCCAUCUCGGCCGGACUGCUGCAGCGGGCCAUCCAGGAGGCCCAGCACUCGCCCACUCCGAACGCCAGCGCUCUGAGCGGACUUGCUUUGGCGUUGGCGGGCGGAAAGCCACAAGCCAAUACGACGAAAGCCAGUGCCGCCUCCAUUUUAGAGCACGGUGAGCAGAAAGCGAGUCAAAACGAGGCAAGUGCCGACAGUCUGACGUCGCCGAACACCACCACCACGAACUCAACCACUAGUAGAACCACCAAAGACAACACCGCCAGAUCGCUGCAGGAUCUGCUCACCUCACCGCGCAGUGCCAGAAAUGGAAAUCAUCCUUCUAACGCUAACAGUAACUCGGUUGUGGGAAAUGGACUCCGGCUGGAUGCCGUCUACGUCGCCUCAUCCACCAACAAUACCACAACACCACCACCACCUCCCACCAACUCAGUCAGCAAGCCCAAUGCAUCGCCUUUGCCAGUAACUACCACUCCUACUCCUAUUUCUACUGCCACACCGCUGGCUCAUCCACUGGGUGCGGGUAACCACAGAUCAUCCUCAUCCCAUCACAAUGACCAAAAUCAUGCUCCACCCUCACACAUGGCCGGUGAUGGUUGCCACCUGGCGUCGGGUCUAACCCAUGUCCACACCAUAAGCACUAACACGAAAGCCAAUCCCAGCUCCAAUUCCUUUCCCUCGUCAUCGUCGUCGUCGUCGUCAUCAUCGUCUUCGGUGGCCUCCACUUCAUCGGCCGCCGGCUCAGCGUCCGCCUCGGCGUCCUCCACCACAUCGUCGCCACCGCCGCCGGCAGCCUCAUCCUCCGCCUCCGCCUACAUGACUGCCAUGGCGCCGCAGAAACAUGCGCCAACCGUUGCGCAGAUGUCGCAUCCGCAGACGAGAUUCCAUAGCCAUAGUCCAGGUAGUCCCAGCUUGCUGACCAUGGCCGAUGGCGAUCGACGCGAACCGUCGCCGUAUCGCUGCGGCCACUGCCACCAGGUCUCGAAUUGGAAGCAUGUCAUCCAGCGGCACUGUCGCUUAAAGCAUUCCGGGGAUAUUCGGAUCGAGACCCUUGAGCGAGGAGCCAGUGUCUCGGCGAACGCACCACCCAUCUACCGACCCCUGGGAGCAGGUGCCAGCAACGAAUCCCAGUCCCACAUCCACAAUCCGUCGAAUCCCAUCACCAGCAACAUCCUAAAGUCGGGCAGCAACACUAAUGCCAACAGCAACAUCAGCAGCAAUAGUGCCCAGCCCCUGCUGCUGACCACCAAGCAGCUGGAGCAGAUCUUCCACACACCACUCUCCGCCAGCGCCGCUGCAGUGGUGAAUGCGGCCAACACCCAGCAGGAUAUACAAGCGGCGGCGGCCUAUUGGGCAGCAGCCUGCAAGGCAGUGGUGGCCAACAGCAGCGCCGAGGAGUUGCUGCAGUUGCAGCAGAACGACCAGAUCGAGGUCACCCGCCUGACGACCGCGGCGGAGCACUCCAUCGGAUCCAGCGGCGGCGGCAACAACACAAAGAGCAAGCAGCAGAAGUGUCCGGUCUGUCCGUACAUCUCGGAGAGCAAAUCCCAGAUGAACUACCAUGUGUCGCUUCAUAAGCCCACGCAGUACGAGUGCCGCCUGUGCACCUUUGUGUGUGCCAAGAAGCAGCAUCUGAGCAGCCACAUGAGAACGGUGCACCAGCAGCAGAUGGUGGCAUCGGGAGCAGGUGCAGCCGCAGGAGCAGCCGGAGGUGUAGGAGGAGGCGGAGCUGCCUCGCUGGGUCUGGACUUCAGUGUGGCCCUGCAGUUGGCCGCAGCUGCCAAGCAGGUGCAACAACUGCCCGCCUCAACACCACUCUCCAUCGAUUUGUCCCAGAUCCAGAUGGAUGCUGCCUCCGAUGCGGAGCUCAAUCCACAGCAACUGCCGCCGGAGUACCAAUAUAAGCUGAUCAGCUACUGUCCCAGGUGUCCGGCUCGCUUUGCCCAGAAGCACAAUGACGAGCGCAAUGCCAAGCAAGAGCUGGAGCAGCAUUUGCUGGCACACAGCGACCAGGAGCCGGAGGAUCAGGAUCCGAGCUAUGUCUGCGCCUACUGUGAGUAUCGUACGUCGGAGGAGACCCUGCUGCAACUGCACCGUGCGGUGCACAUGUCCCACUACCAGGAGAAGUGCCAGGAGCUGUACCGGAACUGCAAGGAGGAUGUCGAGUAUCCGGCACCCAAGUUGCUGCAGCUGACCGGUCCCGAGACCAUUUGGGUGGUGGACAAUGAGCUGAGCUUGCAGCUGCUGCAGCAGACUACCGGAGGUGCAGUUAGUACCUCCACCGGUGGGUUUGACAACCAGAACUCUCUGCUCAAGAAGCAGCUGGAAUCGGGCGGUGGCCAGAUGAUCGCACUUCCCCGGGAAGUGUCGGUGACCAAAAACGAGGCGGAAGCCCCCGAGGAGGACGAGGAGCGACGUAGCAGCUCCACGCCGUCGACCAGCGCUUCGGUGGCCACCAGUGAUUUGGCCGCAGAUGGCAGCAGUGAUGCAGGAUCCGUUGACAUGCCCCAGUCCAUUCCGGCACCGGAACGCUGUCUCCACUGUCCAUUCGAAACGCAGCAUCACGAGGAGCUCAUGCAGCAUCUCCAGAAGCACGCCUGCGUGAAUCCUCCACCUCCCAACUACCAGAAAUGUGCCCACUGUGAUUACAAUGCCAAUGAGGAGGCGGAAAUGGAGGAGCACACGGCGCUGCAUUUCAAUGCCAGUGAGAAGCUGAAGUCCGUGGAGUUCUUCACCUGCUACGAUCAGCUUGAGAUCAGCGUGGAGCGGGAACCGGAGGAAACUGCUGACUCAAAGGCGGAGCAGACCGAGCACAACAACAACCAGGACAAUGUGAUGAACGCCAAUGUGCAGCAACAGCAGCCGAGCAGCAACAGCACAGAUGAACAGCCAGCUGUCGAGGGGAUGGAGGAGUCGUCGGCCAAGAAGUCCAGCACCAAGUUGAUUCUGUACAAGAACGAUGGCGGUUUGAGUGUGAAGCUCUCCCAGGAUGAGGGCGCCAAUUCCGAGUCCCAGAAGAGCGAGAACAUCAGCGAUCGCCUGCGCAGAAGGAUCCUCCGGGGAAGUGCCAACCAGUCGGAGGACGCCACUUCCACCUCCGGCCAGGAGCGACCCGCAACACCGGACAAAAUGAUACUGGUCAAUGCCCAGACGGGCAAAGUCAUUUCCAGAAAGUAGGCCACAUCCAGGGGUCGAAUCUUUUAAUUUAAUCCAUAAUUUAUCCAACUAAGCCUAUGGUUAUAUUUCGAUUUAAGUGAGUUUUGGUUUUGUUAAUAUUUUGUUGUUGCUUAUGCUUUUCCAUUUUUUUUGGGGUAUGCGUUAGUGGAGUUGGGAAAUCGUUUUAGGCACCUGUUUUAGGAUUUCUAUUGUCACUAACACACACCCACUUAUACACACCUAGUUGGAACAUGUUCCUGCACAUUUACGUUUUUUCUAGAACCUAAGUUAGUGUUACGUAACCAUAAUUUAUAAACAAAAUGGAAUGAAAUACCAUUAUUCGAAUACUUUGCAAAUGGGAUAAGCCGGAAUUCUUAAUGUAAUUACUUGCUAGAACGGUGCAAAAUGUAAUUUAAACUAAUCGUAUUGUAACUUAUCAAAGAGAUAACUAUAGAAGGCAUUUUAAUAUAGAACCUAUAUAUUUACCAUCGGCUUAAUAUAUGAAAUUGGAAAACCAACCCAAUCCGAGCAAGAUCCAAAAGCGUUUCAAGGAAAUCAACUUUGUACAGGAGAAAAAGAGAUAAAUUCAAAAUUAUGUCUUGCUACAAAUAAUUCGUUUAAUUUUUCGAAUGGGAACUGUGAUUAUUGAUAAUUGUAAAUGCAAAAAAAAAUAAAAAACAAAAAGAAAGUGAGCGCGUAUAUCAUGCAAUGAAUAUGGUACUAUAUACAUACUAUAUAAAUCUAUACAUAUAUAUAUUUACACACUGCUGCUGCAAAAAUAAAAACUAUAGAAACGAAAAGAAACACAUUUAAAAUGCAAUUGAAAAAUCAACAGAGAAUAGGGAAAUUUUUGCAAUAUUUGCAAUAUUAUUUUGUACAAGUGCAGCACACGGUUAAAAUUAGUUAAUAGUAAUUAGUUUCUACUACGGAUUAGUUAUGUUCUCAUCAUUAAUGCGAAUGUUUUCCAGCAAACGGCGUCUUUGUAGCACAGUGUAGGCGUUAACACUACAAACAAAAUGUUAUCAUUAAACUGUAAGCAAACAAAAAGAACACAUGUGGAAUAGCGGGGCCAUAUUUAAAUAGUUUAAACUUAAUGCAAGGAAACAUUUGAAAACAAAGCAAAUCAAAACCAGAAGAUAUAGCGCAAACAAGCGAUAUGUAUACAGAAUCUAACUUGGAUAUAACUGCAAACCGCCUUUGAUAUGCAUAUAUACAUCUUAUAUCGAUACGAAUAUCUAUACACACAAUAUAUUAUAUAUUAAAUAGUCCUUAACAUUGAACUACAUUUAAACUUAAAUCUAGUGUAAAUAACUUAGUUUUGUUUACUGCGCACACAGCCACACGCAACACUUACACACACACCACACAAACACACAAUAAGAUUUACGGCAUUGAAUUACAAAAGAGAAAAUGUACAAAAACAAUUGUUAAUAAAGAAAUCAAAUAAAAACAACACAAGUUGCAUUUACAA